CACCGCCUGAUCGACUUGGGUGCCAAUAGGUGAUAUUGAACGGCACUCUGCACUGUUUUGAAAUGCAUUUUCGUUCGCACAAAGGACUCGUUCUUUUCUACAACACAACCAAGCUUUCUGAUACCAAACAAUCCUGAUCAUCAUCAACUGGGUACGCCAGUCACCCUCAUUCAUCAAGCAAUCAAAAGUCCGUACUAGAAGGCGUGCUCACCUUAAGAGAGAGCAGAAUUGGAAGAAUCCCAGCAUCGCACCAUCACCGUCACUGAACCACUACCACGAUGGGUACCACGAUUGGUACCACGAUGGGCACCGCUGCAAUUAUCGGUAUUACUAUUGCCAGCAUAUUUGGUGCCCUCUGCAUCGUUGCCUACCUCAUUAGGCCAAACCGCACUCUAGCGGGGCCAUUGAGGAGAUGGUGGUGGAUGUUAUUGACAGGCCACCUCCCGCCCCCUCUUCCGAUAACUCAUCACGAGCUAAAUAGCUGGUACUCCCACCCCGCCCCGGCUUCGGAGGAUUCGACUAUCGACGGCCUAGUUUCCGAGUCGACUGAUUCCCCGGUGUUGCUCCCGGGUCACUGGUCUCCUGGUCUUGAGCAUGCGAUGGGCGAGCCAUGGCCAACGGUCGAAGAAGUAAUGGAAUCGGCGAGAAGGAUGCAAAACCCGGCGUACCCGGUCCCGAUGCCAUUGGAUUACGAAGCUACCCAUAUGACAGGAGCCCUCCCCCCAGCCACUCCCCCCAUCCCACUCGACCAGGAGGUCCCUGAUGUAGACAUGAUAGAACCCACCAUCACGCAUUAUGCGGACGGAAGCAUUGAGGUCACCUGGGAGGCGGAGGUGAUAGGGGUGGCUGGGGGCGGCUUCUUGAUCUUUGGGAGAAGAGAAGGGAGAGGGGAGAGUGCCGAAAUGGGGAGUGAGGAAACGGAGAGUGACUGAUAACCACUGAUUGACCUUGGUCGUACCGUGCUGACGAUCCAUUGUCUACCCAUCAGGACGAGGGAUCUGGUAAGUACCAGUAUUCCACUGCAACUUGACGAAUGUAUCUCCUCUUCAUUGCACCGCCUCUGGAUCGGCAGGAGCAGGAGGCUGCACACCACGUGGUAGCAUCACGUGGCUCGUCCUAUUCCUCCAUCCACACCCCCAACACAUUCACUGACCCGAACCUUUGAUUGUCAUCCUUUGUGCAAGCUCCUCACAUAACUCGACCUAACUUGCAUCAGAUUGAUAAUUCCUCUUCAAAUCAAAACCAAACUUGUCCAACAGAAAAUGAUGAGGAAGACCUUGAAUAGCAUUCAGAACCAGUGGCUUAACAGAACACCCUCAUGACCCAGA